UUAGUCGAGUACAAAUGGCAACUGGAAAGCUGACCUGCUGUUGGGCUGUUCUGCUGAUCUUUGGGUGCCACCAAGUGGCACCCAUUGCUGGAAGCUCUGUGGUCGUGGGCGAUCACAACAUCGACAAAAUAGUCGAGUCGAACGAGCUGGUGCUGCUGAACUUCUACACGGACUGGUGUCCCUUUAGUACCCGCUUGGCGCCCAUCUUCGAGGAGGCAGCGAGGCAGAUUGCUGUCACAUUCACGGAGUCGGGACGGGUGACGAUGGGCAAGGUGAACUGCGAUACGGAGAGCAAUGUGGCCGAACGAUUCGACAUAAUCAAGUAUCCCACGCUGAAGGUUGUGCGCCAUGGAAUGAUUGGCAAGAGCGAGUACCGCGGUCAGAGGUCAGUGCAGGCGUUCUACCAGUUCGUGGUGCAGGAGCUCGCCGAUCCCGUCAAGGAGUUCCACACCCUCGAAGAGCUGCAUUAUGCCAAGGGGGACACCGGCCUGGUGGUGGGCUACUUCAUGGAGAAGAACAACACGGAGUAUGAGAACUAUCGCAAGGUGGCCAGCAUUUUGAAGAAGGAAUGCCAGUUCCUGGUGGGAUUUGGCGAGCUGACGGAGAAACUCCAUCCGGCUGGAAAGAAUUUGAUCAUCUUUCGCGCGGAUGCCACCAAAUCCAGCCACAGGGAGUACUACAGCGAGUUUUCGGGGAACAUGACCAGCUUUGAUGAUCUGCUUACCUGGGCGGACGACAAGUGUAUCCAGCUGGUGCGGGAAAUAACCUUCAGCAAUGCCGAGGCAAUCGGCGAGGAGGGCCUGCCCUUUGUCAUGCUCUUCUACGACAAGAACAACAUGCAGCCCGUGCAGGAGUUCAAGACGGUGGUGGAGACCAAACUGUCGCCGUCGUCACUUGUCAACUAUUUGACUGCCGAUGGAGAGCUCUUUGGGCAUCCGCUGAAACAUUUGGGCAAAACCAAGGCCGAUCUGCCCAUCAUAGCCAUCGACUCGUUCCGCCACAUGUAUCUGUUUCCCCGCUACGAGGACAUCCACAAGCCGGGCGCUCUGCAGGGAUUCAUCGAUGAUCUGUACACUGGAAAGCUGCACCAUCACUUCCACUACGGCGAGAGCGUACCCACAUCGGUGUGGGAGAACGGCUCCAUGGUGGAGUCCAACAACAUUGUUGCCGCUGUGGUGCCCGACUCGCAGUUCAAGCAGCUGCUGCCCUCCCCGCAUCGCUACACACUGAUCAACCGAACCAAAGAUGAGUUGUGACUCUAAAUAGAAAUGUUAAUUUUGCAACCAUUGAAUAUUAAAGAUUUCCUAGGCU